UUUGUCUUCUUUGUAAACCGUCAAAUUUUUUGUGUUACAUUUUAAUAAUUGAUUUUUAAAAGGAAUGAGCGCAUUUAGUCGUGCUUAUCGAGAUCCAAAAUCUCCCCUCACGCCCCUCAAGCCGUUCGCUACGAAUACUGCAUUUAGUUUUAAUUUAGGUGGUGACGAUUCGCUUAAACCAUUCAUUGAAGCACAACGCACUAAAGGAACUUCUAGGUCCUCGCCAGCUGGGCGAGCUGGUGGUAUAAAUGUGAAUCCAAGCAAAUACACCAAUCAACAACCAACAUGUUUGAACACGAAAAAUGUCAAAUCUGAUGGAACUCCUAGAUCCUCGCCAGCUGGGCUGGCUGGUGGUAUAAAUGUGAAUCCAUGUAAAUACACCAAUCAACAACCAACAUAUUUGAACACGAAAAAUGUCAAAUCUGAAAAUGCUAUUAGAACGCGAAAACUUUCCGCGCGAUCUACUUCUUCAAAAAAUUCGGGUAUGAUUUCUAACAGUGAACCAGAUAAUUAUACAAAUUGGGGUAUGAGCAAUAGCAAACCACCGAAAUAUGAGUCAACUUUCGAUUCCUCUUGUGGUGGCGGGCACCGUCUUGAUGAUAAUGAUUCAAAGGCAACAAAUUCGGAUUUGUCGUCUUCGAGUUCUUCAUGUUCCUCUUCUACAAGCCAUCAUGAAAAUAUUUGUCGUCAUAGACCACCCAAACUGGUUUUCGAUGAUACACCGGGCGAUGAAGUAGACUCGCGUAUGUCAUCUGUUUUCAAUUGGGUAUGGAAUCGUUUGUCACCAAUGGCAAAUCCUUCAAUCUAUGAGUUAUUGGCGCGCGUUGGAAUGCAAGAGUAUUGGACAAUCUUCGAACGGGAAGAAAUUCUUGAUUUGGAUGUAUUUUCUACUUUAACUAUGGAUGAUUUAAAAGUUAUUGGUAUUCAAAAUCCAAACGACUGCGUCAAAAUAUUGAAAUCUGUUGGAAUGGCUCUUAACUUUUUAUCUGGUCUGUUUGCACUUAAAAAGCCAUAGCUAUUUAGUUCACAUGAUGUUAUAUGUAUGUUUUUGUUAAAGAAUUAAUGUUAGAAUUUUUGUGUUUUGUUGUUUUAUUAGAUACUGAUUUGUAUUGACUUUUUUUUAAAUAAACUUGACUAUUACGAAAAGAAUAAAAACAGUAAGUAAGU